UAUUUUGAUAACUAACAAAUUUGUUGUUGAAAAAUUCAUUACUUUUUGAAGCAGUUAUUUCGACUUAAUUAAUCAAAAAUCGUGGGCAUGCGUAUCCGAUUUAAUUGUUCAUAAAUGCUCAAAAUUGUUGUCUAAUGAUUAUUGUAUAGAAUCUGAUUAGCUGAUAUCUUUCAUCAAGAUCUUAUCGGUAAACCAUGUCUUCUCGUCGUCGUCGUCGAUCACCUUCCUCAUCAUCUGAAGAUUCCAACGAUGUGACAGGAAGUGAAAAUAACAAAGUCACCAAUGUAUUCCGCAACGAUGGCAGCUUUCUGGAAAUGUUUAAGAAAAUGCAAAAAGCAUCACAGUCUACGGAUAACACAUCUAUCGCAGUAUCUGUUGCUCGAACUCCAUCUACUAACGUCUCUAAGGACACUACAGAUAAAGAAAUACAACCUAAAGAAGAUACGAAACCUAAACCAGUUCCAAUGGUUGGUAGAAGAAGGUGUAUUAAACCUUUGCCCGUUGGCAAAGUUAGAAAACUCAAAGCAGAUGACGAAGAAGAGAAAAAACCACCAGUCACGGAUGCUUGGGCUAAAUAUUUAGAAGAAGUGAAAAAAUAUAAAGAAACAUACUGCGAUAGUGAAGCUAAAAAUCGAUCUCUAGUGAAAUAAAUAGUAUCAUGUUUUGAGUGAAGAAGUAAUACUCGUUUUCGUAAAUUAUCUGUACAAGAAUUGAAGGCGUUUCAACUUACGUUAGUGUUUUUAUUGCAAUAAAGAACAACCUUUUCUGCUUUUAUGUAUAAUAUGUAUUUUUCGACAUAUAUGCUGUUAUGUUAUCCCAUCAUAUCAAAUGUUUCCAAAUGAAAAUUUUAAGUCAAUGUUUCUUACUAUCGCUAUUAUGAAACUUUUGUUUUAUAUAAGUAGGUAUUCAUUUUAAUUUUAGCUUAUUCAAAUCAUGUGCUAUUGCGGAGUAUUACUGGUGAAUUCAUCCCUCUCUAUUGUGCAAAUAUUUCUUAAUUUGCGUUUAUUUGCGAUUUCAAGUGGACAGUAGUUUGUGUGGUUAUUAUUUUUCAUUUUAUUUUUGAAAACUCAAGAAAUUUUGUUACUUUACCCAUUUGUAAAUAAUUUUUUCCUGUUUUCUAGUUCUUGGUUUAUUUAAUUAUUUUAUAAAAUAAAGCGAUGGUUUUCCAA